AUGAGCUCAAUUUUUGCAAUAUGCAUUAGCCUUAUUAACACUGCUAUAAAUGUGUGUGCCUAUUCAAUAAACUUUUGAGACUUGUUGUUCAUCAUCUGGUGUGCAAGUCUUCCUUCUCCAUCAAAUGGUGACCCCGACGUGAUCCGACUACGGACGAACACGGCUGCCACGGAUCGGAGAAGUAGGAGCGGGUCCCUCUGAAGCAAGGGGGGGGACGGCGAGCGGACCGACUGCAAGUUCGCUGCCCUGGGAGCUGUAUAGACAGUCUCAGCCUACGUGCUGCCGAAGCCUGAAGCCUUGCAACAGCGCUGAUUAGGACUUUUUCAGAAUCCUCUCACAGUACAUGAAUUAACGGGGUGGUGCAAGUUCGGAACCAUAACGGCGAUAGGGGCCGCGGGAGAGGCCGGGGUAGACACGGCAGCGGCAAGGAUGCGCGUGGUGGCAGCGGUGGGAUGCUCAGUGCCGGCGGCAGACACGCGCACCGCGGGUCCAGUGACGCGCACGGUGGCAAAAGCUCGCACGGCAGCUGUCCGCGGGGAAAGCGCGCAGGUCGUGAGGAAAGUGCCGGCCAGGGCCAGACGUGGGGACCGAAUACGCGGCAGCGACAAGCGCAGUGCCAGUGGUAGCGGCGGCAGAGCGCUGCGGACGCGCACCGGUCACACGAAACCCCGAAAGUGGAACUGGGAAGGCUUUUUCACAUUUUGCAAGCUCACAAGGACACAAGCACUGUGGGACAUGCUCCCGCUGGCCGCGGGUGUUGGCACAGGGCCAGGGGGAACCAGCCCGAGCGGAGAGCCAGCCGGAGCGCACCCCAAACGAGAUCGGGGCUGCGCGGGUCCGGGCGAGGGCGUUCCUUUCCACACCCCCGGGAUGACGCGGCUGAGGCUGUGCCGGAGCAGGCGGAGGCGGGGCGCGGUCAGACAUUCCUCAAGGCACUGCCCUGUCACAGUUGCCAGGCAGCCACAGCAGCCAGCCCAUGGCAGCAAUUCACACAGGCGUCUGAGAGAAACAGGGCAGGAAAGUUCUUCAAGAUCAGAAUGGAAAGGUUCUGAAAAUUUUCACAGUGCUUUAUCCAGCUUUUUAGGAAAAAAAAGGCAACUCCACAGAAAAAGCAGCCAAUGUUAUACAGGACACUUUAUCCAACUGUUCCACAAACCAGUUCCACAGAAUCUUCAUCAAAAAAGUGAGAAAGCACCAACCAAGUUCACCCCUUCUAUUCUGAAACAAUAUUCUUAAGGAGACAAAAUGUUAUGUAAAAAUGAAAGUAUUAGUGAAGAUUUAAUUCUGCAAAGUGUCUUGGAAGACAGAGCAUUUGGGAAAGGUCAAUCAGAUCCUGUUGUGAAGUCAUCAGUCGAUUCCCCAAUAAUUUAAAGUUUUAAGAAUUAUUCAUAUUAAGUUUAUAACCUUUUUUAUUUUCAGUUUAGUGAGUAAUGCUGAUAGAUAGUGAUUGUUAUUAAUGUUGAAUGAAUGUUUUGGGAAAGUUGUUUUAAUCCCAUUGAGCACUUCUUAUUGGUGAGUUUUCAGAUUUUUGUGAUGAGAAUUGUUAUUGGUGUGUUGUUGUUGUGUUUGCAGCCGGCUUUCAUGUGUUUUUUUAUCUUUUUGUGUGAGUACCUGCAAGUCACGUGUUUCUUCAGGAUCCUGGCUUUUUAUUUCCUAACUACUUACAUGUUUCUGAAGUUUUUAUCCAAAUUGCCAGUUCUGUAGUUCCUUUCAAUUAUUAUUUCAGAAACAUUUCAGCAGAGAAUUUAAGAAGUUUGCUGUGUUUGGAGAAUCUCUAUCUUGACAGAAACUUUGGAAAGAUUCAAUUAUUUGCUAGUUUGAUUAGUUUGUAUUCCUAAGGUUUCUUGUUUAUAACUGUUAGUUUUAAGAGUUUCAUUUAAAAAUGUGUUAAGAGAUACCACCAAUUAGAGUUUGAGCUCUGGCCACGUUCUAACUCUAUUUGGAUGGAGUGAUUGACAAUCAACCCAGAUGUUUUCUGCAUCAAAAAGUAUUCAAGUCUUUUGACUUGGCAAUUUGACCAUUUAUGACAGCUGAGCCAUUUUCAGAGAAAGUUUGGAGAAGCAUGAAUCCGGACAUGAUUUCUCCAAUUUUCUGUUGUUUUAAGGUUUAUCAGCUGUCGCAGACUCUGGGAUGAGAGUUCAGUGUUGUAGUAUUUAGUAAUUUUUGAUCUUGUAUGUGUUGUUGAUUGUGUGUAUUAUCUGAAUUAAUUGCAAUUCAUAAUUGCUAUUAUCUUACAUUUUCCUAUGUAACUUUGCAAAAUGGAACCAAAACCCAUUCUUCACCUCCAGAAUUUUGAGAAAAUCCUUCAGUCCCUGUGGGGACGUGGGAUUUGUUUGUGUUUUAACAGAUGCAAAGUCCAGAUAUAUUUCAAUGAAGAAUGUGAAACUCUGUCAAGAGCAAGAAAAACGUUGACCAUUCAACAAGCAAAGAAGACACCCAGAUGUGGAUAGCGCAGAGUUUCCAACCCUUGA